AUGUUCUACCAUCGGGAGCCGGAGAAACGGACCCAGUUUGUUGUUCUGAUUACGGAAUCUAUGAAGAGACUAGCUCUAACACCACUUCAUCUGCUGCCAUUUGGUGAAUGUGAGUCGAUGAAGAGAGCAUUGGCGAAUGCGGAUGGUGUGGAGCAGUGGUUGAGAGCGUCACGAUUUGCCGACAAAGCUUCAGUUGGCGAUUGUGUGAUGACGGUCGGCGAAAACGGCAAGAUGAUCACUGAACGGAUAAUCAAGGUUGGACGGCAAAUCUCCGAAGGCAUCUACUCGCCGAUGACAGUCACUGGGUCGCUUCUUGUUGACGACGUGCUGUCGUCAUGCUUUUCACAGGUGGAAAGCCAUACCGUUCAGAAGGUACGUCACGAUAGGUUGUGCAACAUCGAAUUUGUUUUGAUACCGGAUAUGAUGCCUUGA